AGUUUAUACUUUUAUUUACUACGCUUUAUUUAAACAGCUAUCAUGUUCUUAGCUCAGAUUCUUACAAUUAUAGUCUGGUUUUAACACAAUUGACCACAGCUUUUCUCGAUUCUAAUCUAAAUUCUGCCACUUGUUAUGAAAACUAUUUUGCUUCCGUGAAGAACAUUACGAAUCAACUCGAAAAAAGUCGUGGACAUUGUAUGAACACUGCUGAAAAUGCUUACGCGGCAGAGGAUAAGAAAUUCAUCCAGCAACAGUGCACAUUUCAGAACUUAGCAUAUAAAUCUUGCGACGCUUUAAACGAGUGCUGUAUUAAAGAUUGGGGAAUUAAAGCAUUUGAAUGUUAUGCCUCAAAGGGUUCGGCUGCUGGUCAAGUUUUCUUUAAAAUUUCUUCGGAUGCCAAUGUACAUAUGAGAGAUUUGGAAAAAGAAUAUCGUGAAAUCGAUAGUGUGCUAGAGUCGUGUAAUGCUAAGGCUCAAAGAAUUUUCGAAGAUGCGACUGUUGAGGCAGGAAAUGUAUUGAAAAAAUGUUUCAAUAAUUCAUAACAAAUAUCUUCGU